AUGUCUACUGCCGUCGAUCACACCGAUAAAGCUGGAGCUUUCAAGCGCAAGCAAUCCAAGCACCGACACUUUGUCUCAAAGGACAACGCACAAUAUCCUCCUGAAUCUGGAAGGUAUCAUUUGCACAUUGCUCUAGCAUGUCCAUGGGCCAAUGGAGCACUCUCAACCGUUGCACUGAAAGGACUAGACGGUGCCAUCUCCCACUCGAUUGUCCACCCUACCUGGCAAAAGACUCGACCAGAUGACGAUGACGAUGCUCACCAUGGAUGGGUUUACAAGGCCCCAGGUGACGAGCCGUUGAAGAACUCUAUUGGACAUGGAUCUUUUAAAUGUGAUGAUCUCCUUGUCCCUGAUAAAAUCACCGGUGCCAAGAGCAUCCGUGAGCUCUACAAUUUAGCGGGCGAUGAAGAGGGCCCGUUCACCACUCCAGUUUUGUUCGACAAGAAGACCAACACAAUUGUCAACAACGAAAGUACUGAAAUCUUGAAGAUGCUGAAUAGUGAAUUCGACGAGUUUGCUACCAACCCUGAUCUUGACAUGUACCCCGCAGAUAUUCAAGACGAACUUCAAGAGUUGAAUGACAGCCUCAUCUACCCCAAAGUCAACAAUGGAGUAUACCGCUGUGGAUUUGCCAAGAGUCAAGAAGCGUAUAACGAUGCUGUCAAAGAGCUCUUUGAAAGUUUGGAUAUUCUAGAGGAAAAGCUCAGCAAGCAACGCUACUUGGGGGGAAAGAAGUUUACGUGGUUGGAUUUGCGUCUCUUUAUGACCCUUGUUCGUUUUGACCCUGUCUACAUUACCUACUUCAAAACCAACCAGAAGCGCAUUGCAGACUAUCCCAACUUGCUUGGAUUUGUACGCGAUUGUUACUCCAUCCCAGAAGUCAAAAAGUACCUAUCAAUUGACCACAUCAAGACCCACUACUUCACUUCCCAUCCUAUCUUGAACACCUACGCCAUCAUUCCUGCCUACGAUGGCCCUGAUCUGGAAGCGCCACAUGGUCGUGAAAAUAUUUAA